AUGAACUUUGACGAGCAACAACGCAUGCCCCGUCCGGUGCCAGCAGGCUUUGGCUUCAGUCCCGCUACUCAAAAUGGUGACGCCUACCACGCAGCCAAUGGCUUCUCAUCUGCCCCAGGCCAUGGCUACCACUUCCCCCAGCACGGCAUGUCUUACGAAAGCAACUACAAGCUCACCUGCCCUGCCCAGUACUCCGUCUCGACUUGCCCCCGCUCGUACAACGCCUUCAACUCGAGCGGCCUGCCCCACGACCUCUCCGUCGCGGACUCAUUCCCACCAAACGCCUAUCACAUCGAGCCGCCAAAGCAUCAUGAUGCCAUGGAUCCAUCAGAUCACGAGAUCAAGAGCCAGCUGAUGCAGCUCAGCAAUGACUAUGAUCAUCCCCAAUACGCCUGUCCCAUCAAAGUCGAAGACUACAAUCACUACCAGAGUCCUUAUUCUGACCCGGCACAAAUCUCUGCCCCUCAUGACGAAACUCUCAGACACAUCCGGGACCCUGACGCUGAAGAUGCUGGAAUAUUCGACAGGGAGCAGCCGUACGCGCAGUUGAUCUACCGGGCGCUUUUGAAUGCGCCAAAUCAUACCAUGAUACUGCGUGACAUCUACGAUUGGUUCAGAAAAAACACAGACAGGGCCAGCAGCUCGGAAACCAAAGGAUGGCAGAACAGUAUCAGGCAUAACCUAUCAAUGAAUGGCGCAUUCGAAAAAGUUGACCAGCCCGGCGACGAGGCGCGGAGAGGCUUCAUGUGGCGCCUUACGGAGCAAGCGAUUCGCGAAGGCGUCAAGUCGACAACACGAUAUCGUAGCAAGCAACCCAACAAGCGCGGCAAUCGCACUCAUCAACCCCAGCCCCAACGUCAGGCUUCUGGCGCAAAGGGUGGUCAAGCAGCCCGUCGUGCCGCGCGGUUGAAGCGAUCUGCCCAUAUGCACGAAGCCUACCUCAGCACUCAACCCAUGUCGCGAUCGGUCCCCACAGCCUUUGGCCCCUCGUACCAUCGCUACGGUUUCCCGUCCUCGGUUCCGCCUUCCCCAUACACCGGAAGCGAGACUGAUUUUGGCUACACAUCCCAGAACAGCGAUUUCCCAGACAGUCCUAUACCUGAUGGCUGCAACAUGGAUCUCUUCUCCUCUGCCUCAUCUUACAUCGGUAGCCCAAUGUCACAGGGAAUGCCCAUUACCGACACGGCGUAUUUGCUUCAUCAGAGCUCGUCAGAUAGCAUUUUCACCAACAGCUCAAGUCCGACUGCCGAUGAGCCGCGGACGCCGUUGGACCAGGGGGUAUGGCAGGAGGACAUUGUUACCGGUCCAUCGUGCAUGUUCGAUGAUCAGCUUGUUUACAGAGAAAAUGUUGGUUGA